AUGUCCGCCAUGCUUCGCAAGAAAGAGGUCUACACGACCAUCACGCCCAUACCGGGCUUCAUCCCCCGACAGCUCGCCAUCGACAUCCUCCACUCCCACUCCGAAGUCAUCACUCUCAACCCCCUCGUGAUCGACCACAAGCCCAUCCAGGCGCCUCGCGAUGCCGCCUCGGACGAGUACUACUCGACCUGGUAUGAGAUUACCGAGCGCAUGCAGUGGGUGCCCGGCCUCGGCAAGAUGGGCUCUGGCAAGAUCAAGUUCAACGGCUGCUUCCACGACAUGCCCUGGGGCCUGCAGACGCACACGUACGCGCCCAUGAACGUCGACAUCCGCAUCAAGUACCGUAUCGAGGGCAACCAGCCCGGCAUCGAGCCUCCCGUCCACGCCGAGAUUGGCCUCGCCGACCUCGGCGUCCCCGCCGACGGCCUCUACCUGCGCGAGGACAUUGAGAUCAAGUGCAACAUAACCGUCAUCAGCUACGUCCGCUCCCAGCUCAAGACGGCCUCGAAGGAGAUGGUGUCGCGCAUCAUUAAAAAGGCCGAGCUGCUCGACGCCGGUGUCCUGUCGGCCAUGAUCCAGGACGGCAAGAUCAAGACCAUCAACCCCAACGACCGCUCCUCCACCAACGCCAACGCUGCCCUCCUCUCGCCGAUCUUUGCGCCCCAGCGCAGCCCGGGCCUCGACGGCCCCGCCUCCCCCGCCAUCCCUUACACCGUGCCCCGCGCCAGCACCUACAUGGCGGCCACGCCGCCGCCCGGCCAGCGCCCCGGCACCUCGUCGUCGCAGGGCACCCAGUACGCCGAGCUGCCCACCCAGCACCACGCGCCCCAGCAGACCGCCUUCGUCGCCGAGCUGCCGGGCAACUUCUACCACUCCCAGCCCUCACCCGGCCAGCCUUCGCCCACGGCCAACGCCUUCCGCUGGUCCGGCCAGAACCCCAACCAGCCGGGCCCCGGCCAGGCGAGCCCCAGCCUGACGGCCUCGUCGCGCCCGACGUCCAUCUCCUCCGAGGCCAGCAGCGGCCAGAACACGGGCUACGCGUCCCCGGCCCUCGACCAUAAGGGCUUUGCCUCGGAGCUGUCGACGCACCCCGAGACGCAGGAAGAGUAUCGUCCGCCCCAGCAGCAGCAGCAGCAGCAGCAGUAUUACCCUCCUGAUGUGCACAAGUUCGACCCCGGGCAGCACCGCGUCACGGGCCCGCAUGCCUAUCAGUAUAACCCUGCCGAUUACGCGCCGCGGUGA